CCUCGGAAACAUCAAGUCCUCCGUUCGCAAUAAACCUAGUAAUCGCGCGUGGGUUUUAGUGGCAUAUCUACCCAUCACCCACUUUGAAAACCCCAAAGCCCUACAAACGACGCUCCAAGAUCGACUGUUCCACCAAUGUGUCGAGUUAGUCCUAUCUCCCUUAAUUGCCGCUGGAACAGGGGGAGUCAAGAUGGUUGACUCGUGUGGACAUGAGCGUGAUUGCUUUCCAAGAAUUGCUGCUUAUUUGGCGGAUUAUCCUGAGCAAAUCUUAGUCAAUGUUGCCGCACACAGGAAUUCUCCAACUUCAACUGCAUCUUAUAAGGACUUGGGUAAUGACAAGCCAUGCCCACCACGCACGCAGGACUGGAUAUUGAAUGUCAUUGCCGAAGUCAAGGCCAGUGUCGACCCAUCAGAUCUAGAAGCAUACCAGAAAGCUGCUAAACUGAGGGGUCUGAAUGGAGUGGAUCGACCCUUCUGGAUCGAUCUACCUGGUUACCGCCCUGAGUUGUGUAUCUGUCCCGAUAUCCUACAUGGGCUACAUCCUUUCUGGCGCGAUCAUGUCCUGAAGUGGGUCAUCAAUCUUGUAGGCAUAAAAGAGCUUGACGCACGUGUCAAGGCGGUCGAGCCAGUCAUAGGGAUGAAGCACUUUAAACGCGGUAUCAGUCACCUUUCUCAAUGGACCGGCAAGGAGGAUCGUGAGCUUCAGCGAAUCCUCUUGGCUGUAAUCGCGGGAGCUCCCAACAUUGACACAAAGACUAUGACCUGUCUCCGUGCUUUUCACGAUUUUGUUUAUCUGGCACAGUAUCAGACCCAUGGUCCUGAGACUUUACGAUACCUAAAACAGGCCCUACAAGUCUUCCAUAGGACGAAGGAUGUGUUCAUUACCAAAGGCGCUCGACGAGGCAAAAAUGGUACUAUUAAGCAUUAUUGCAUCCCUAAAAUGGCAGCCCUAUUCCAGUAUGUGACCCAUAUCCCAGCAAUGGGUAGCUCCCCUCAAUACUCUACCGAAUGGACAGAGAAUUGUCACCAGACUAUGGCAAAGCAAGCAUAUCGGGCAACCAACAAGAGGGAUUUUGAGUAUCAGAUGUGCCGCUACUUGGAUCGUACCGAUCGCAUUGCUUUAUUGGAGGAGAUAACGAUCUGGUGGGACAAGCAGCAAAAGAUCAAUAAGCUAGAAGAGUCCAUCAAAGAUCGUGAUCCAGCAUACCAGGAGCUUGCACGGUCAUUUCUUGAUGAGAAUGUCCUCGAA